GCACCGGCGCUGCCUGAGGGGGCCCCGUUGUCCGGCCGGCGCCCGACGCCUCAUCCCCGCCUCUGCCGGAGCCGGUACUGCCCGCGGAGCAGCCAUGAGCUGGGGCACGGAGCUGUGGGAUCAGUUUGAUAACUUGGACAAGCAUACACAGUGGGGCAUUGACUUCUUGGAGAAAUACGCAAAAUUUGUAAAAGAAAGGAUAGAAAUUGAGCAAAACUAUGCAAAACAACUGAGAAAUCUGGUAAAGAAGUACUGUCCUAAACGCUCACCAAAAGACGAGGAACCCAGGUUUACCUCGUGUAUUGCCUUUUUUAACAUCCUCAAUGAGCUGAAUGACUAUGCAGGGCAGCGAGAAGUAGUUGCAGAAGAAAUGGGACACAGAGUGUAUGGAGAAUUGAUGAGAUACUCUCAUGAUCUGAAAACUGAGAGAAAAAUGCAUCUUCAGGAAGGGCGAAAGGCUCAGCAGUAUCUGGACAUGUGCUGGAAACAGAUGGAUAAUAGCAAAAAGAAAUUUGAGAGAGAAUGCAGAGAGGCAGAGAAGGCACAGCAAAGCUAUGAGCGACUGGACAAUGACACUAAUGCGACAAAGGCUGAUGUUGAGAAGGCCAAGCAACAGUUAAACCUGCGCACACACAUGGCUGAUGAAAACAAAAAUGAAUAUGCUGCACAACUACAGAAUUUUAAUGGAGAACAGCACAAACACUACUACAUUGUCAUUCCUCAGAUUUACAAGCAACUUCAAGAAAUGGAUGAAAGGAGAACUAUCAAACUUAGUGAAUGUUACAAAGGCUUUGCUGACUCUGAGCGCAAGGUUAUUCCAAUUAUCUCAAAAUGCUUGGAGGGGAUGAUCCUUGCAGCAAAAUCAGUUGAUGAACAUAGAGACUCUCAACUAGUGAUAGACUGCUUCAAAUCUGGUUUUGAGCCUCCUGGAGAUUUUCCAUUUGAAGACUACAGUCAGAAUAUUUACAGAACUAUCUCUGAUGGAACCAUCAGUACACCAAAGCAAGAGGGAAUGAGAAUUGAUACAAAAACUACAGUUGGCAAGGCUAAAGGAAAGCUGUGGCUAUUUGGAAAGAAACCAAAGCCACAAUCCCCACCCCUAACCCCUACUAGUUUAUACACAUCCAGUACUCCUAAUGGGUCCCAGUAUCCCAUAUUCUCCAUUGAACCAGUGCAUUAUUGCAUGAGUGACAUAAAAACAGGGAAGCCCAGAAUUCCUUCUUUCAGAAGCCUCAAAAGAGGGUGGUCGGUGAAGAUGGGCCCUGCACUAGAAGAUUUCAGCCAUCUCCCUCCAGAACAAAGACGCAAGAAACUGCAGCAGAGAAUUGAUGAACUUAACAGAGAGCUACAGAAGGAAACAGACCAAAAAGAUGCCCUCAUCAAGAUGAAGGAUGUUUAUGAAAAAAAUCCACAGAUGGGUGAUCCAAGCAGUUUGCAACCAAAAUUAACUGAGACUAUGAGCAAUAUGGACCGUCUUCGGAUGGAAAUACACAAGAAUGAGGCCUGGCUCUCUGAAGUCGAAGGUAAAGUAGCAGCCAGAAGCGACAGGCGGCACAGCAGCGACAUCAACCACCUUGUCACCCAGGGCCGAGAGAGCCCUGAAGGGAGUUACACGGAUGAUGCCAACCAGGAGGUUCGUGGCCCACCACAGCAGCACGCUCAUCCCAACGAGUUUGAUGACGAGUUUGAAGAUGAUGAUCCAUUGCCAGCUAUAGGACAUUGCAAGGCAAUAUAUCCAUUUGAUGGUCAUAAUGAAGGCACCCUAGCAAUGAAAGAAGGGGAAAUUUUGUACAUUAUUGAGGAGGACAAAGGAGAUGGGUGGACAAGAGCUCGAAGACAUAAUGGAGAGGAAGGCUAUGUGCCAACAUCAUAUAUAGAUGUAACGCUAGAGAAAAACAGCAAAGGUUCCUGAAGCGGGUUUCUGAGAAAAUGGGCGAGAUCUUGAAGGAGGUUACAUGCAGCUGCUGG